AUGGAAAGAAAAACGGUAUUGGCCAGCUUGAGUAGCAGAAGCACCAACUCGAAGAAAACAAAGACUCAUUCCCAUUGUUUCCGCUCCGGCCUACCGGUAAAAUAUUUCGGCUUGAGGCCAUGCCAGAGUCAGCGCAAUUUCGGGAUCGGUCCAGGACUACUCCAGCUUGAGAGCAGAAGCACCAGGCUAAAUGGUUUCCUUUUCGGGGGCGCCCCUUCACCCCAGGAUACGGGGCGACCACGGCGCAAAAGUGUUUCCGGGCUCCCGUUGUCAAAAGAGGCACCAAGAUUGAGUCCUGGUUGCAUCAUCUGGCUGUGCAGCACCCUCCAAUUCCGAGGCGCAGGCGCUGGAACUCACGAAAUUUUGCCAGGCCAACCAAUCAAUUGUCGGGACCACGUGAAGGAUGGA